UACCAAAAAAAAACAAUCUCAACUUUUAUUUUAUGUUGUGUGAUGGCACUUGAUCAUUUUUAUCAAGCUCUUUAGACGGUCAGGGAAGAAAUUAUAAUGCAACAAAUCAAAAUUUAGGAUAAAAAUAAAAAUAUUCAAAAGUUCAGGGUUUUUAAAGUAAUUAAGCCAGACAUUUUUAUGACCUGUCUGAUGGCGGCGAGCUGCAGGGGCGGCCGGUACCUCAUCGUCAACGGCGUCCCCCACGCCGGCGACGUCCCACCGGUGUCGGCCUUCCUCGAAUCCACCUCUGGCGCCUAUACCACCACUCGCACCCAUGGGAGCGCCGCCCUCGUCCUCUUCUGGGAGCGCCACCUCCGCCGGCUCGCCGACUCUGCUCAGAUCUUGGCCGGAUCCCGGCCGGAGUUCUUCGGAUCCGAUCACCCCCGAGCUAGGUUUCAGGCAGUCUCCGCCGCGAUCCGGCCAUUUGUCGAAGAAUCGCUGCGAGCUGGAUUGGGGCUGGCGCUGAGGGAGAGAGAUCGGGCCGGGUCCACGGAAGAGCUCGCGAUCACGGCGCUGGUUCGCGGCAGUGAAGAGGAGGAGGACGGGCUCGAUGUGUUCCUUCAUAUAGGGUUCUUUAUUCCUCCGGUGUUCGGCACCGCCGGAGCCCAUCUGGCGGUCGCUGGCCGGGGAAGGGAUGUGGCGGCGGCGAAGUAUUCCGAUUGGGCGAGGAUUAGGAAGGGUAUGGAGAAGAUGAGGCCUCCCCCGGUGACGGAGCUCUUGUUGACGAACGAUGGGGAUCGGAUUCUGGAAGGCAGCGUCACAAACUUCUUCGUUGUUUGUCGCAAGGUGGUACAUGAUAUGACAGAUGAGGCUCUAAAUGAUCCAGAAAGUGCACGUUUAUUUGAAGUGCAGACAGCUCCUCUAAGUGAUGGGGUACUUCCAGGAGUUAUACGUCAGCUGGUGAUUGAGAUUUGUUCCAGUAAGGGAAUCCCACUACAAGAAGUUGCACCAUCAUGGUCAGAUCGUGAACUUUGGAAAGAAGCCUUUGUUACAAGUAGCUUGAGACUCUUGCAGCAUGUUGAGACAAUUCAGGCUCCAAUUUCAUUCAAGGAAUUGCACCUGAAAAAAACCUGGAAGGAUGCAUCAUGGGAAGUGAAGCGAUUCAAGGGUGUGGGGCUCAUUACCACUGAAAUACAGAGGGAAAUAGCGAACAGAGGAAAAGUGGAUGGAUACCAAAUAAGUAAUUUGUUUUGAAGAAUGGCAUACCUGCUUCUUCAGAUGAAUUUGGCCUCAGGAGUUUCAUUAAAGUUUGAUACAAAGAUUGUUGACGGACAUGAAUUGGAAAUCAUUUUACUUGGAGAAUUUAUUCAUUUAUGAGUAAAUAUAUGUUCGUGGCAUGUGGGGCAUGAUUUUGAUCCUGGAUUUGUUCAUCAACGUUUGACGGGGGAACCUUGUGGUCAAAGGGGGAGGUUAAAAACAAGUUUGCCUAGUGUACGUACGUUGAUUCAUGAGUAGGCUAAGCAAUAUGUGAAAUAGAUGAGGCAAUGGUGCCAAUCUAUCAUGCCUAGAAUGCUUAUGUUCAUUUUCUGAA